CACUUCGCUCCGUGUGCUGGUGUUUAGAUUGGAGCUGCCUGCAGAUUCCUUAGAUGACGACUUUUUUUCCCUGUUUGUGUGGGGGUUUUUUUAUUUACAUUUCCUGUCUGGAGAGAAGAGUUUUUAGUUGGUUUACAGCACCAGUAAACUAAACAUGGAGUGCAGCUUUAAAUGCCAGCUCUGCCUCUUCAAAUUUAGAAGGCUGUUUGAUUACAAGAAGCACAUACUUUCAGAUGUACAUCACCAGACACUGAAAGACCUUUUCCCAAAUGAUACGUUUCAGAAUGUUGCCAAAGGUGUACCCCAUAUCAUUUUUGCGGAUCCAGAAAAAAAGAAUUGCUUCAAACAUCCCAUUGUGGGCUUGUCUGCGCUGAGUCUGUGUUUCAGUCCAGAGUCACGGACCUCUUUUUACUUGUGUCACAUCUGUGGUGAGAAGAGUUUACCUAGUGAUGUUUUAAGGCACUUCUUUUCUGUGGACCAUUACAGCAACUACAUUAAUUGCAUGGAUCCCAAUGCAAUGAGUUUCUCCUGGAUCCCCAACAAGAAAAUCAAAGAGACUGAACUCAAAAACCGAGUAAAAGAAGAAGCGUCUAUGGACUUGCAGAUGCUGCAUUUACCUGAUCAUCUUAUGGAAAAGCUUAAAAGCAGCACCUACUCAGAAGUGAUGCUCACUCUAGGUGAAAAUGAGAAGCUUCUCAAGCUGAUUCAAGCUUUCAAGCCAGGGAAGAUGACGAUCCUGGCUUACCAAAAAGACAGCAACAGGAAGCAUCCGCUUCUUGGCAUGCAGCACCUCGUCGAGUGCGUUUGUGUCGGAGCAGAUGAGAAGAAGCAUUACCUCUGCACGCUCUGCGGCCUAACAGUGGGCACCCACGUGAUCAUCAAACACGUCCUGAGCUUUGACCACAUCUUUUGGUAUUUUAAAGUGUGGCAUCCCUCUACAUUGUUGUCAAAAGAGUGCUACUCGGAGCACAAGCCCUCCUUUGAAUCCAUGAUGCUUGACUUGGCAAAGCAGACGGAGAAGAUUCAUGGAAAAAAUGAUUUGAAACAAGUGAGCCUGGAGCCCGCUGAAUUCAAGUCCGUAAACUUUAAAAGCUACACAGAAGCUUUGACGACCCUGGAAUAUAUCAAGAAGUGCAGCUUGAAACCAGCCAUCAAACCAGGGAAGAAGCUGGAGUAUCAUGCUGUCAAAAAUGAGUCAGCACCUGCAAGCGAACCUUCAGAGCUGCUCGCAUACUACCCAAGAUGUAAACUGCUGUGUCAGGACUGCUGUCUGACGUUGAAAAACAUAUCUCAAUAUCUCAAUCAUCUGUCAAAUCCAAGACACAGGGAGAUGUUGUGGAAACUCUUUGAAGAAGGAUUUGAAGGCUAUGAGAGAAAAGCUCAGUUUUUCCUUCACUUACACUUGUAUGUCAUGGAGUGCUUCAAGAAAAAACAGCCAGUCAUUGGUACAACCUUGAUUGUGUCCUGCAUUACCACAGAAGCUGAUGUAGAGCCUUUUUACAUAUGCUUUGCUUGUCAGGAGUGUGUCUGUCAGUCCUUGAUUGAGCCACACUUAAACUCCCGAAAACAUGUUGUGUUCACACUGCUGUUUGAGAAUCCCUGGCGGCUGCCUUUCGGCUGGGAGAAUCUGCAGGAUUAUCAAACACUAAAGUUAAAGGCGUGGGAGGAAGAGAUGGAGGCAAGACCAAGGGAGGUGGUUCUGAAGGUUCUUGAUAUGCCAUGGUCAGUAUUUUACAGGCUCAGUCCUCCUACUUUUGAAAAAGUACUAGAGGGACUUGAACAACAGCACAAUGUCUUGAAGAAUGAAGUUCCACCUUGUCAAACAUAUAGCAAACUCCAAGGACAUGAAUCAUUUCCUCUACUUGGCAUUGAGUUCAUCGUGAUGUAUAAUUUAUAUGUCAAAGAACCCAAUUCCCCAGAAGCACAUUUUCUGUGUUUGCUCUGUGAGAGGAGGCUGUCAGAGCACGAAUGCUACGACCAUGCAUUCAGCCGUGAACACGUGGCAAAAUUCCUGGACUGUUUCCACCCAGGCUCACUGGAUUCCAACGCUGAUGCAGAGACAUUACUGGACUUGGCAAAACAGGCAGCAACAAUUCACAAUAAAUCUCACAUACAGGUAAUAUAUUUGCAGCGUCCCAUUAAGGAGCCAUACUCCUACUUUAUAGCAACCAAAAUCUUGGACCGUGUAAAGUGGAAAACUGAGAACAAAAAGCUUAAACCCCAAAUAAAACUUCAUAGAAAACUGGUUCCAAGGAUAACUGUAAAAGAUGAGCAAUGUGUGAGAGGUGUCUCUCAGAAAAAUGGCAGCACCAACACAGUCGGUGUAGAAGAAAUCAAAAAAGAGCGUGACACACCGACACCAAGUGAAAAUGACUCGGGGUUGAAAAGUGAAGCGGCUUCAGAAGUGAUGAACAAUCCAGGUGAGGUGUGUCAGGCGAUAAAGCAGGAGCCAGAAGAGGCUAAAAUAAAAGGAUCAGCUGGGGCGACGCAAAGCUGCCACAACGCUAACAAAGAUAAUGGUGCAGACGCUGGGAUAGAAGAUGGCAGAAGUAGCAAAGAUGUCCCAGCACAGUUGAAGAAUUACAAAGAAAUGGAAAGAAAAAGACAGCACAGUGUGUCUGAAACAUCGCAAGAGGACUCGUGUCCUACUGAGUGUGUGGGGAGAGAAAUGGGCCCUAAAAGACAGCGUCUGACCUCCAGAGAAGACUCGUGUGACAAAGCCCCAAAAAUGUCUGAUAUUAGCAUAAAGAAGGAGAACAAUGAAGAUGAAGCCUGCAAAGCGGCAAUUAACAAAGGUUUUAUCGCUCUGCUUAAAUGCUGCUGUCCUCCGCAUGAGCCGGUCUACCUCUGCGAGUCCUGCUCUUUGAAGAUCUCAGAGAAGGACAUCGUCAGCCAUCUGACUGGAUUUGACCAUCACAAGGUGCCGCUGGUGGAUGUUAAAGUAAAUGAAGAAGUUUACAGUAAGGUCUCAAAACAAAGCUUUCAGUCGGCCAUAGAGACAGUGAAGGCAUUUCAGACUCAGCAGGACACUGGGUCUACAUUCCCUUCAUCCUCAGCUCCUACCUGCGUAAAACCUGUGGACACUUCAGUCGACCAACAUGAUGACAAUACAAAGGGCAGCGUGAAGGUGGUGAACAUGGUGACUGAUGACAACCAGGAGUCUGCGUUAUUUAAAGGCACCGGAAUAACUCAAGUCCUCCCUCAAUCAACUGAAGAGGGCACAAAGAGUAACAAAGCCCCCAAGCCAGCUAACAAAUCUGUCACUUGUCCAAUUACUCCCAGAAGUGGAGAAAACGUAAGUCUGUGUGUGUCAAAUGCAAGUGGCACAAAAACCGCCUCCAAAGCCAGUAUUACUCCAAACACAAGUGUGAAAUCAAUUAAAACUGGACCCAAGCCUGACAUGGAAGAAGUGAGACCGGUUACAUCCAUGUGCACUGCAGCCGCGGCUAAAAAUAUUGCAACUUCUUCCCAACGGAUAGGAACUGCCUGCACCUCUAAGGUAUCUGCCUCAAAUGCAAAGUCAACUGCAGAAUCUCCAGCAGUGUGCAGAACCGGAGCUCCAUCGAGAGUGAUGGCUACUUCUUCAAACAGAACACCUCAGACUGAAUCCACAGUGGUGCGAGAGGCUACUUGCAAAACUGCACCUUCCUCCAGAAGUGAAAAGUUUCCAUCUCAUCAGUUAAAAACAAAAGCCACCCCUCAAAUGGCACCUGUGGCUAAAAAGCCCAGAACCUCAGUUAGACCUGAGAGUGUGGAGACUUCUGCAAAGGCCGUACAUGUGAAGAAUUCAGUGGGGCCAAAUGCAUCACAUUGUCAUAAAAGUAACAAACCUGGCGCUCCUCAUCAGGCCACGGGCACGUCUGUCAGGUCUGAACACAAGAAGCCACCCACAGAGCCACCCCAAACCUCCAUGAGUAAUAAGACAAAGCCAAGUGAAGGCCUUCCUAAAGUAGGCUUAAAUGAGCUGAUUGUGGUAUCGUGUGAGGAGAAGCAGCAAGUCUACUGUAAGCUGUGUUCAGUGAAGCUAACCAGUUCCAGUGACUAUCACCUGAUCAGCUUAGACCACUGGAAAAAAUAUGUGAAAACGAAGUAUCCUGAUUGGACCGCAAAGCCAUCAGAGAUGGAGAGAAAACUGAAUGAGAUAGCGAUUCCCUUGACCGAGGCUGAGAGGAGUCUCGGCCCUCGCAAACCACAGAUUCUGAAAGUGAAGAAGGACGUGUAUGAAAAGCUGGCUCAUCUUCCAGAAGAUGAAGCUGUCAAAUAUGUGAAGUCAAUGAAUCAGAGAAGCUUGCGGCUCUCAUCAACCUCCCAAGCUGAUUCUGCCUCUUCCAGUCCAUGCGACGUUUCAAGCUCAGAUGAUGGGAUAAAUAAAAUGUCAGGACUUUCUACUUACGAAUGUCCAGCGGUGGAGAACAAAAACCAGCACCAGGCACUGUUGAUCCAGAAAGAAGAAAUGAGCUCUAACUCAAAAGGGGAGACGGACCUGGCUGCAUCGAAGCCAAUCGGACAGAGCUCGGAAGGUGAAGACAUACAAUCUGAUGACAUGAUUCUGGACAAGCUUGAAGACGAGGAAACAGCAGAAAUUGAGGAUUUAGAGGAAGAUGUAGAGGUUCAGACUUGCACUGAAGUUAUGUCUGAAAUGCAGUGUCCUGACCUUCGUGGCGGCGCUAGAGACCACAGACCAAAGCAGCCGAAGAGUGAAGAAUUUCAGGACAACUGGACAUUGCCAGCAUGCGCACAAAAACCUUUGCCUGUCAAAUUCAGCUGCUCAGAGCCACUCCCUGUAGCAGAAGGGCAGAACCAGCUGAGACCAAGGCAGAAGAUGGACCACGUGUCUAGAGGCAAUCCAGUAUCAGAAGAGCACAGUGCAUCACAGGCCUUCUUAAGAACUUCAACAGAGGGAAGAAAUCGGCACUCUAGUCCUGACAGCAAUUUGUCCAUAUUCUUGAAUACAAAGGGACUGGAUGCUGAACCAAUUGUUGGUAAGAGUUAUGUGUUCGAGUGCCGCGGGAUUUCUUUGGAAACCCUUUUCUUAUGCAAGUGCUGCGAGAAGGCGCUCUCUCACCGCGACAUCUGUCAGCACAUGGUCAGCUCUGAGCACCAGCUCGAAUACAUGCGGAAAGUAUACCCUCAGUUUCUCCGCAAGUUCUGGUAUGAAGACCUGCCUUUAGACAAGAAACUGGAACUCUUAAAGAAGGUUUCCUGGAAGCUGUCAGAGCGGGAGCAAGAUGAAAGUCCAGAGGUUUUUACGCUGAGAAAGGAGAUGCAUGAACGUGUUCAGACGGCUCCAUUCAGUGAAGCUAUAAAAAUGUUGCAAAAUAUGCAUACGGACAAAUCAAGUAAACUGGGCAUGGCGCAGGACAACGAUGAACGCAGGGUCUUGGUACCACAGCACAACAGUCAGCAGUCUGAUGAGCGGCCAGUUCCAAAUGAGUCUCUUUCCACAGAAAUGCAAUCAGCUCAUAGAGCUGAGCGAUACCAGAGAAGUGACAAUGUCUGGAGCUCCAUUCAAGAUCUUGCCUUGUGGGGUGAGGAUGAUCAUGAGAGAGGUGGUGGAUCAGAAACUGAAACUGACCUCAAUAUUAGCUAAUAUUUAUUUCUCUGUAUGUGAACAAGCUUACAAAUUCAAUGGUAGUUGGGAAUAUUAUUAUUAUUGUUGCUGUUAUUAUUAUUUACAACUAUAUAAAAUUUGACUUAAGCUCAACGCAGAACCAUGUAUGAAUUUCUUGUAUAUUUCUGUUCUGAGUUUUAAAUUUGAACGUGACAAUAUAAAUUAGAUUUUUGUGCUAUUUAAAGUGGUUGAUGGGACAACAACUUAUCCUCUAUUGAGUAACUAGUUUUAAUUUGACAACAAAGCCUGCAGUGUUGUUUUUGUGCUUCACCUGGUGAGCUAACUCUGCAUUUGGCUUUCUCUUGCAUUGAGCUUCACACUGUUAGUUUGCUUUGCCUUUGUGCAUCUUUGUUACAGUAAUGAUUUAAGAGGCAUGACUGCAUCAGUGUCACAAAAUUGGCUGUAGGUUUCCAGUUUUGACUAUGAUUGGUUCUCUGGACUCUGGCCCUAUGGUAGCUGGGAUAGGCUCCAGAUGUUCACUUUUAUUUCUUUCACAUAAACACAUUUUUAUUUUACAGCGUAGGGGGCUAUAAAUAACUGAUGCAUUGUCUUUUCAUCGCAGGGCCAUAAGCUUUUACAAAGGAUAAAGACCUGCAAAUUUUCAGCUAUUGCUCCACCGCCAAGCCUCCUCCCUCCUCCUUGCUCCUCAAUGUCUCGGUGAUGGACAGGAGGGGAGAGGAGGCUCAAAAUAAAAGUGAGGUGAAGCUUGCCAACCCGGCUCUGCAUGUUUCUAUUUUGCGUUAUACGCCACUGACAGAUAUAUAUGUAUAUAUUUAGUAUUAGUAUAUUAGUACUGUAAUCUGAUUGGUUUACCAACCUCACCUGUGCUGUGAACUGCAUGAACAGUGACAGUUUAACCGUGUGUUUGCGAGUGUAUGAUGAAAUCAGCCAAAUUCAGCGUGGCAUCUACAUUAUACUAAUGUGUUUAUACUGUUAAAAUCUCCCAAUUCUUUGAAUCUUUGGGCUGAAGGAAGGACAAUACUCGGUGUAUAAAUGCUCAAUCAACAAUCAUUUAUUUCCAUACAAUGAGCAUAAGCCAUCCGGAUGGGGAGACAUGCAUGAAGAGGGUCACAGCAAAUCUCAAAAUGGUGAUGGGUUACACAGCUUCUUAUAACCUCUACUGGCCCCCCACCUAGUCGUAAAAGCCUAAACAUUCACAUUCUUUCUCUGUCACGGCGCCUAAGUUAUAACCUCGGCUCCCUGUCUUUCUUCCCUCUAUAAAGGUGGGGGCAUGGAAUGUGGUCUGUUUCUUCUAUUAUCGGCACAAGGUCCUCUGCACACAACAUUCUCUUCAUGAUUUAGCAGUCUGACAUGUCAAGAAAACAGUGUAAUACAUUCACAGCAGAUCAAUGGCAGCGCACACCUGUCUAACAGAAUCCAAAGGUGGUCACAUUCUUUCAACCCCAAAAAUAUAAUGGAACACCUGUCUAACAAACUACAAAAAUGGUCAUGUUCUUUUAACCUAAAAAUAUAAGGGAAACUAAGCUACAUACUUUGCACACAAUCUAGACUAAGGGAUAUAUUUAUGUUCUACAGCUGUUAACAUAAUUCAACUACCUUGACUAUAGGUAUAAGAUAACAUACGUUUAGAAUAAUAAUCUCACAAUAUGUAAUUGAAAUUGAGAAACUUCUCCAUGGGUUUGGAGAUGGAGAUUAUUCAAAGAGUGUGGGGGGGAAAAAAGGUUUGUUUUUAUUUCUGCAGGCUCUAAUUGUGUU